AUGCUCCGAUUACAUGUACUUUCCUGCACUACUCUUGUAUUGUCUUGUCUAUUGGAUGUGUCGUUAUCGAAACGAAUUCGAUACGAACCAUUCGAGAUUGAUUGGGACGAGUCCUUUGAGAGUUUUGUUCCGUACCCAGAAGAAGUGGCAAGAAGUCUCGAUCAGAAAUCUCCUCCUGUCUUACUGGAAGUGUUCUCCGAUGUGGAUGUGGGCGAAGAGGGUCUCUACCACGUGCUCAAGGGCCUCGUGCAUCGGAAUGAACGACGAGUCAUUCCAGCAACACACUUUGUCAUUCAAGAUGGUCUCAGUGCACAGUGCCGACAAGAGCGCGUCACGGCCACUACUGGGAGCAAUGGCGAACCCGUCUUGAUGACCGUCACCCGACCGAUCGAAGCAGAAAACUGCACACUGCAUUGCACCAAUGGAGGCCGCUACUGUUCGCACGCGUCCGAUCCCAACUUUCCCGGACGACACCACGUGCAAGAAGCGGCACGACGAGCCUGCAUGAUACAACAACAUCCUCCUUCACCCAAUGGCGUCCACGACAUGUUGCUGUGGCAAUACUUGGACUUGUUUGACCAACAGGGAUGCAACUUGCAUACCAGUGACAAGCAUCAUUAUCCCGACGUUCACAACUUGACCGAGUGCUCGUACACGACACUGGAUUUGGUCGAGCCGGGACUGGCAGCGGCCGUGCAACAGUGUGUGGAAGACGCGGGUGGAUUCGAUGCCGAUCAAGAGAAUGUCGUUUUGGAACAACAAAUCACCUUGCAAACCCAACAACAAGUCAAUCCUACGGCACACAACCCCACGGUACGAUUCAAUGGAAAGCAGUACACCCAGGACUUUUUCGUCAAGGAUGUCUUUCGCGCCUUUUGCGACAUUUUUCCAAAAGGCACGCAACCCUUCUCCUGCAAUCAUUGUCAGAGCUGCAGCAACGUUCGCAAGUGUCUGUGGCAUUUGGACUGCGACGGACAAACACCCACUCUGCAAGACUACUAUGCUCACGAGGGAAGGAAUUACACACCUCCCGCGACUACGACUGCCACAACAGAGGCGGCCUCUGCUAGUACCACGUCGGGGAACAGUCAAGACAACAACAACAACCUUCUUGGUGGUGCUGGUCCCUGGCAAAUCGGGUUUCUUUGGGGCAUUGUGGCGGGGCUCUUUGUGGCCGCCGUGUUUGCCUACCGAAGCUUCCGCACCCGACGCAUGAUUUCCGGCUUGCGGCAAGCCCGCGUCCAUUUUGAAGAUGACUUUGUACCGCACGGCUUGUCGGAGGAAGACCUGGAUCGACUCUUUCCUGACGCCGACCAAGAGUUGGACGCCAAAAAGCAUGGCAUGAGCACUCCCCAAUACCAAUCGUCAUCCAUAGCUACCAUGUUGUCGUCCGACGAAGAAACCGAAGACUUGUCCGAACGGUCUCUGCCGUCCAUUGUAUAA